AUCAGUUGAAAAUUCAACACUAAAUUCCAAUGAAUUUUGACAAAAAUUGCUCCAUUUCCAACAAGUUUUCGGGUCUUUGAAUCUUGAUAUUUAUUUUGCUCACUCAACCGAAGAGCCUGCAAUAAAUUAUAUUCCCCAAGUUCCCUCUCUACAAAAGGGUGGUUUUCCGGCAUUCAAACCCCAAAACCCCAUAUUCUUUCUAACAGUCUUUCCCUCUCUUUUCUAGGGUUUAUUGAUCGUAAUUACAACUUGCAAGCUUCAAUGGCAUCUUCAUCAUCAAAAGCCUCUUGCUUUCAGUGCCAGGAUUCAACCUCCAACUGCUUCAGAGACGGAUGGAGACUCCGUAAUGGAGAACGCGCUCACCUCUGCUAUCAGUGCGCCUGUGUGUAUGAAGAAGGGAGGUUCUGUGAAACAUUUCAUUCAAACGAUGAUGGUUGGAGAGACUGUGAAUCUUGUGGAAAGUUAGUCCAUUGUGGAUGUGUUGUGUCAUUCAAUCAAUAUUUUCUUCUGGACUUUGGUGGGGUGAUUUGCAGAGAAUGUUCCAAGAAAAAUCUAAAGCUGGCACGAAAUCAGCGAUAUGCGCGUGAAUUUCAAACGGAUCCAACAGACGUACCGGAUCUUGCCAAGAGAAUACAGAUUGAACCUCACUAUUGGCCAGAUGGCAUUGUUUCAGACAUAAAAUGCAUCUCAAAAACCGCGAAACCUUUUCUGAAUCCUUUGUUUGAAAAAGUGUUGACUGCUAGUGAUGCGGACAUGAAGUUAGGGCGUAUAGUGAUUCCAAAAAGAUACGCUGAGGCAUUUUUUCCGGAAGUUUCUGCACCAAAAGGGAUAAUGAUGAAUAUUUUGGAUAUGGAAAGCAAAGAAUGGGAGUUUUCGUUUCGUUAUUGGCCUAAUUGUGGUAGCAAAACCUAUGUUUUAGAAGGCCUCAGAGAUUUUAUGUUUUCACGCAAAUUACAAGCAGGGGAUACAGUGUCGUUUUAUCGUGUGGAACCGGGGGGAAAGAUGGCCAUUGGAUUUAGAAAGACUUCAGUUGCGAAACCAGCUCAUCAGUGAAAAAGCACAUUCAUCCCUGCAGCAAAUCCCUGCAAGUCUGCAUUUUAUGUGUCUAUGCUAGCGAAGAAGAUCUUCACUCAAGUACUUGCUGUCUUCUUAAAAUCAUAAUCUUCAGUUCUUGUGAAAGCAUUUUUGAUCUUAAACUUUAAAUGGUUACCCUUUGAAAGUAGAGUGUAACAUAGACAAAUUGAUGCUCUCUUAUUUUGGUGAGAUAAUACUAAUAGUUUCCCUUGUUGGGUUUAUAAGAA